CUUUGCUCUCCGUAAACCCUUGGCGGAUUUCGUUACGAAAACUCGGUGAUGUGGUGGCGCUAUCUAGCGAGCAACUUGAGUUGCGCCCCUUGCAUAUUUACACUUUAAUCGAAUUAAAUAACGGGUUAUAUAUACACUACGGUAUUAAUACAACUUAAAAACAUGUUGACUACCGAAUGUCGGAACAUAAUUAACGAUGCUAUUAAACAUGUUAAAUACGAAUUAAUUAAUAACCAAGGGAAAGCACAGAAUGUUUUAUAAAUUCAUCGUGUUUUGUAAGGACCGGGGUUGAGAAAGUCGCCGAUUUAUAUGAAAGCUUUCAUGUCAUAAAACCAGGUAUCGCUGUCGUUAAUAUUGCGGACCAAAGAAAUUAAAUAAAACGAAUAUAAUUGAAUCAUUAAAAGCAAUAAAAAUAAGCAGGAACGUAUACUAACGGGAUAGGCAACUUCUACAUUCGCCAUGUUUACUUCCCAUGCUGAUCACGCGAGCCUUGACAAGUUUGUAGAACUAGAUGUUCAAUCCCAGUAAAAUAGAUAGGUUUUAAAGCGAUCUGGUUAGACCAUCGUUCGAAAAGCACUAUACUCGAGAACUUGUGUCUCAACUUGUUCAAAGCACCGAAUGUUUUACCAAAGAGCUCACAUGUGUUUUCUUUUAAAACUUAUAUUUACAUGCACUGUGAUUGGAUCAGCUACUCGCAGCUGCAGCCAAUCAUAAAGCGGAGCUUGUCACCGAGUUUUCAUAAUGAAAUCCGCCAAGGGUUUAUGGGGAGCAAAGCGGACCGAAAACCCUUGGCUAGCGAAGAUGCUUAUUCCCUGGGUAUCAUUAUGACCAAACUGUUACGAAGGGACCGCGAUGAUUAUUUUUUAUCCAAACAUGAACUUUGUAUUGAGAACUUGAGAGUACGAUAAAAAUAGAUAUAACGUGUCCCUGGUUAGGUGCAAGACAUUUAAGAGAGCAGUUAUUGGGAACAGUAGGGAAAGUUAGAGUUGUUUAAAAUAAAAGAACAUAACUCCUCAUGGGUAGGAAAACGAAGACCAUAUAUCUUAGGGAGCCUGAUGUCUCGCCAGAUCCUAUAUCGCUCGUUGUGUGGAAUGUUGGAGGUCCGAGUGCGGGAAAGGGAACAGCAAGCAAACGGAAAAGAGUUAUAACUGGACUUCUUGAAUCAAAACAACCUUCCCUUGUUCUAGUCCAAGAAUUUUCUUGGAUUAAAAUAAAGAGACACAAUACUUGGAAGGACGCACAUAUAACCGAUCGCUAUGAAUAUAUAGGACAUAAAGAAGCUGGUAUUUUGUACGAUACAGAUGAAUUAGAGGUCAAAAAUCUGACGACAGAGACAGAAAUAAGACCAACAAUUGAAAAAAUGCUAAGAAAAGGGGAAUUAUCCCCAGGAUUUACUCCUCUUGGAAGAAUGUUAAUAUCGGAGAUCAAAACUAAGGGCGUUCCCACGACACAUUUCCUAUGUGUCUCUUGGCACGGUUCUCAUAAUUCCAGAAAAAAGGCAGAUUUGUUAGAAGAAUUCAAGAAUUUGCUUGUCUUUAUGGAAGCAAUUGAAGACCAUUAUGACUUGCCACUCCUAAUUGGUGGCGAUUUUAACUUACAAUAUAAAGAUAUCCCUGAGAAGUUUAAAAAUUCCGGCAGCGGUUUGAUUGCUUAUAUGUAUGAUCCUCUAAAACGAAGAAGCAGCAGACUUAUAGAUUUUUACAUUGGGUCUUCGACGCUACCUUUGUCUAAAAUAGCUCCUGUUGAUUUGGAAAAAGUAGAUAAGGGUGAAGAUGCUCAGAAGAUAUUUGAUCACGAUCCUGUCGAGGCCACAUUGAUGACACACGCAAAAUCACUUUCUGGAUCCUCUCUGUGCUAUAUAAAGCCAUUAUUCAAAGACCACAUGAUAGUAUAUGAAACAUAAGUCUCACAAAUCCCAGUUGCAAAACGAUUGUCAACAUUCUGUUGAAUUUAGAAGACGGUAAAUUAAUAUAAUAUUACAAAUAUUGUUUAGCGUUUAUUUGUCCAAGAUUAUUCUUUGACAAAUUAAACUCCAUUUAAAAAUUGUAUAUGGUUUAAAUCUUUAGCAUGUUUUUGAAAUUCAAAUUUGAAUGGAGAUUUUAACAUACGAUAUGAAGAGGUCCAUACGUGCUUAAAAAACAAGGACUCUAUGCCUUUUUAAGGGGGAUGUGCGGCCAUCUUGUACAUUUGAGGAUAAAGAUGUAAACAUUUCUAGAACUGGCUUGUUUCUGCCCAAAACGGACUAAAACUGUUGUCAAAAGAUAAAAAAGCGAUAAAUAUGAGGCUCUACAUAUUGUGUUGUAUGCACUUAACGCAUACAACAGCAGAGCAAUGCCUUUUUUAAUCACCUAGAAUUGCGCAGCUACAGACGUAAGUUCAAGAUCUAAAAAUCUGAAAAAAUAUAAAAGGAAGUCAUUAGUGUCCGCUCUACAUCUAUUUGUUAAGAAAAAGGUAUAAACUCUAAACUUGCUUAUUUGAGUUGUAACUUUAUCUCAAAAGAGGGUACCCUAUUCGUAAAAUGAGUCCGAAAAACCAUCAACUCGCACGAGAUAUUUUUGUCUGUUUCUAUGGAAGUACAUGGAACAAAACUUUCAUUGAAACAUAUAUGUAUAUUUUUUAUUUAAGAGAGUGAUGUUUUUGGACCCCUACCCUUCUUCUGAAAGGAAUUAAAGUUAAUUUUUACUUAUAAAACUCGAAAGAUCCUUGGAGCUGAUACAGAGUUGUCUGUCCCAUUAAACACAGAUUGUUUAUUUGUUUCUAGGAAGAAAAAAAAAUCAAUGUGUCUCCAUAGAC